AUGAAAGAAAAGAAAAAAGUACCUAAACCUCUAAUCGAUACUCUGGCUCUAUUAACCAUCAACUCCAGAGCAUGGGGUCGUAUGUCACGAUGGGAAAGGAAGGAUCGGGUAGGUGACCCAUUGCCACUCACCGGAUCGUUUGCUGCUGUGGGCAUACUCUCCCAGUCAGUUCACGAUGCACAACCGGUGUGCAGUGAUUGGGAUCUGAGGAAUGAGGUGUCGUUCGCUUUGAUACGACAAUCCGAUCCGAUCGGUUCUGAUGCUCCCGAAGAUGUAUGGUUAUAUAACAGCGGUACACGGCCGUUAUUUAUAAGCAUGACAGCUUCAUCAUCGAAACCGGAUACGUUACGACGAUUAUCACCGGGUUACUGUAUCCGCGUACAUAAAGGGGAAGCAACAGCCAGCGCUCCGGCCAGUGAACG